AUGUUUUUAAUAAUCUUACAUAAUCUAAUUUGCUCCAAGCUAUGCGGUCCGGGCCAGCAGACCCGCAAGGCGACCUGCCACCGCCGCGACGCCGCGGGCCGGAUCGAGGCCCUCGCCGACGCCCUCUGCCUGGAGGAGAAGCCGACGGAGGAGCGGCCCUGCGAGGUGGUGCCCUGCGGCGGGGUCGACUGGGUGGCCGGCGACUGGAGCGGGUGCGGACGAGGCUGCGGCCAGCUGCUGGAGACGCGGCCGGUGCUGUGCGUGGGCCAAAAGGGGAGUGUCCUUCCCGUGGACUUCUGCGAGGCCGCGCGCCGCCCGGACGCCCACAGGAACUGCUCGGACGUCGGCGAGUGUCCCUUCCGCUGGUACGCCUCCGAGUGGAGUCAGUUACUCCUGUAUCCCCAAAAGUACCCCAAUGUAUCCCCAUGUAUCCCAUGCUCGACCUCGCUCGCGCGAGGCGCCCGGGCACGCGAAACCCGUCCCCCCUGCGGGUCUUGGGACGAGGCGAAAGGGACCGUGGACUCCGUUGCAGAGUCGAAUUGCAAGGUUGCUAAGAAGAUGAGCACAAUGGAAGCUUGCAACGGGACGAAGGCGGAGGUGGAAGAGAAGGAGGAGGUGGAAGAGAAGGAAGAGAAGGAAGAGGAAGAGGAAGAGGAGGAUGGGGAGUGGUUCGCAGGGCCGUGGAGUAAGUGCUCCAAGGCCUGCGGCGGCGGAACCAAGACCCGGAAGAUCCUGUGCUACAAGGCCGGCGCUCAGGCCACGGUGGCAGAGUGCGAUGCCAACCUCAUUCCCUACGCCCUCGAGACGUGCAACAACCAGGCCUGUGGCGACGAUGAAAUUCUAGGAAUAGAUCGCAUUGACGAAGAAGAGGUUUGUGAAGAGGAGGACGAGGAAGACGACGACGAGGAGAGCUCCGGCGACGCAACAACUUCCUCGGGAGACACCCUCGACCCUUCUUCAGGAGAAGUUCUGGCCGACGAGGGUUCCGGAAGGCAGCAGCAGCAGGAGGAGAGCGGCUCGACGGAGUACCCGGCAACUCCGAAGCGCAUAGAAGAGGAGGAAGAGGAACAGGGAAAUCUGAAUACACUCGACGCGGUUUUCUGGCUCCGCUCUAGACGCUCGACGAACACUUUAUUAAGUGACGAAGCCGAAGGAUCCGGUUUCGGAUCGUCUGGCUAUGGCUUCGGCUCCGGCUUGUCAGGAUGGCUCGGCUCGGGCUCGGGCAACGCGUUCGGAUCCGGGAACGAAGUCGACGCCGACGCGUUCGGACAGAAGAAGACGGAGGAGGAGAAAGGAAAACCCAAGAAGAAGAAGAAGGAAGAGGCAGACAAGAAGAAGAAGCAACAGAAGAAGCCGAAGAAGAAGAAGAAGAAAUGCCAAGAGGAAGACAAACCGAAGAAAGAAGGAGAGGAAGAAGAAGGAGAAGGAGAUAAUUGUAUUCAGUCUCUGUUUGGAUGUUGUCAGGACAGAGUCACGGCUGCCGCGGGACCCUUCCAGAGAGGCUGCCCGAAGGUGACCUCGUGUGGCGAGACGCUCCACGGCUGCUGCCCCGACGGCUUCACCAUCUCCCUCGGCCCCGACGGCGAGGGCUGCGACGGGGGCGGGGCCGGGGGCGUGGCCACGCCUCUCUGCGCCAACGCCCUCUUCGGCUGCUGCCCCGACGGCGCCACCGAGGCCGAGGGGCCCGACGGCGAGGGCUGCGAGGGCCUCGUGCACUUCGACUGCGGGACCACACGUCUUGGGCUUCGACUGCGGGACCACACGAUUCGGCUGCUGCCCCGACGGCGUGUCUCCGGCCAAGGGCGAGCUUUUCCGAGGGUGCGAGGAGGUCGAGUGCGAGGGGUCGGCGCCCUGCGAGGACACCACCCUCCUCCCACCCACCACCACCACCCACACCCUCUCCUCCUCCUCCUCCUCCUUCCCUCCUCCUCCUCCUUCCCCCAAACCACGCCCACCACCCCGCCCCCCACCCCGCCCACCACCGAGAUCCCCCCCGACUGCUUCUUCACCCUCUUCGGAUGCUGCGCCGACAACUACACCGCGGCGCACGGAGAAAACGGGGAGGGAUGCUGCUUGAGCAACGAGUUCGGAUGCUGUCCGGAUAACAUUCGAGAGGCGAAGGGCCCUUUCCAUCAAGGUUGCGGCUGCGAAUUCAGCGCCUACGGCUGCUGUCCGGAUAACGAGACGGUCGCUCGCGGUCCGGAUAACCAGGGCUGUGGCUGCCAGUACACCCCACACGGCUGUUGUCCGGAUAACCACACCCCCGCCGGCAGUCCGGAUAAGGAAGAAGGCUGUCCGUGUUACACUUUCGAAUUCGGAUGCUGUCCGGAUGGCGUGAGCAUCGCGCGGGGACCAGGCGGACAAGGCUGCGGGUGCCAGUACUCGCCCUUCGCUGCGGGUGCCAGUACUCGCCCUUCGCCUGCUGCCCCGACGGCAAGACGCCCGCCAGCGGCCCCGACCCCUGACACCGCCUGCGGCUGCGAGGCGUCGGCCUUCGGCUGCUGCCCCGACGGCGUCAGUAGGGCCAGCGGGAGGCUCUUCGAGGGCUGCGCGGUCGAGGAGGAGGUCGAGGCGCAGGUGCCUGGAGAGGUGUGCGGGCACGCCAAGGACCGCGGGCCGUGCGGCAACUUCACGGUCAAGUGGUACUUCGACAUGGACUACGGCGGCUGCAACCGCUUUUGGUACGGCGGCUGUGAAGGGAACCGCAACCGCUUCGCUUCCCAGGAGGAGUGCGCGGCUGCCUGUGUCGAGCCUGAAGGAAGGGAGACGUGCCGCCUGCCCCGCGUGGCCGGGCCGUGCACGGGCUCCGUCCCGUCCUGGUACCACGACGCGGCCAGCGGCACGUGCAAGCCCUUCGUGUACGGCGGCUGUCUGGGCAACAACAACCGCUUCCCCGACAAGGACACGUGCGAGCAGCGCUGCGUCGUGCCCGAGAAGACCGACCCAUGCCUCCAGGAAGUGUCCGCUGGCCCCUGUCGCGGCCACUACCCGCGCUGGGCUUUCGUGCAGGAGGAGAGAGCGUGUCGUGCCUUCGUCUUCGGCGGAUGCAAGGCCACGGCGAACAACUUCCUCAAGGAAGAGGAGUGCCAGCAGCGGUGCCUGCGCGGCGGCAGGAGAGACCUGUGCACCCUCCCCAAGGCCUCCGGUCUGUGCGACGAGACCAUUCCGCGCUGGUACUUCGACUCCUCCGAGGAGCGCUGCAUGCCCUUCUACUUCACGGGCUGCGACGGCAACGCCAACCGCUUCGCCACGCGGGGAGAGUGCGAGGCCACGUGUCCCGGGGAGGUGGAAGGUAAGAGAGAGAGGGAGAAGAGAGAGAGGGAGAUGAGAGAGAGAUGGAGAGAAAAGAGACGGUUCGAGACGGUUCAUGACGGUUAA